AGUUGUAGCUGUUGUACACUUGUACUAGACUUGAGCAACAAGUACAAUAAACCAGAAAAGUUCCGAGAAAUUAGACAGAGACAACUAAUAACAACAUGGAUCCACAACAACAGCAGCAACAAACUCCUGCUCGCCGUACUACUCCCGGCGCCGGCGCCGGCGGUGGAAGUCCUCUUUCCGGCAUUUUUCCUUUGCUUUUCUUAUUCGUAGCUGCUUUCACUGCGAUUGUGCUUUCUUCAACAUCGACAAACAAGAUUAGCUUGACCAUCUUGCACCAAGUUCCAGAAGGUCAUGUUGGUGUCUACUGGAGAGGGGGUGCCCUUCUUAAAAUAAUCACCGAUCCUGGUUUUCACUGGAAAUUGCCUAUAAUUACCCACUACGAACCUAUACAAGUAACACUUCAGACUGAUCAGGUUAGAGAUAUUCCAUGUGGCACAAAAGGGGGUGUUAUGAUCAACUUCACCAGGAUAGAGGUAGUCAACAGGCUGAAUAAGGAAUAUGUAUACGACACUCUUCUGAACUAUGGCGUGCACUAUGAUAAGACAUGGAUAUAUGACAAAAUUCAUCAUGAGAUCAACCAGUUCUGCAGCUCCCAUGCUCUUCAACAAGUUUAUAUUGAUAUGUUUGAUCAGAUUGAUGAAAGGAUGAAAGAUGCUCUACAGGGUGACUGCACUCGUUAUGCUCCAGGUGUUGAGAUCAUCAGUGUUCGUGUCACAAAACCUACUAUUCCAGAGAGUAUAAGGCAGAAUUAUGAACAGAUGGAGGAAGAAAGGACAAAGGCUUUAAUAGCUAUUGAGAAACAAAAAGUCGCCGAGAAGGAGGCAGAGACACAGAAAAAGAUUGCUAUAUCUGAGGCAGAAAAGAAUUCAUUUGUAAGCAAGAUCAUCAUGGAGCAGAAGCUGAUGGAAAAGGAGAGUGCGAGAACGCAGCAGCAAAUUGAUAAUGAGAUGAAUGUAGCUCGGGAAAAGAGUAUGGCUGAUGCCUACUAUUACAGAUUAACGAAAGAAGCCGAAGCUAACAUUUUGAAGCUUACACCCCAGUAUCUCGAGCUCAGAUUUAUUGAGUCGAUAGCAAAUAAUACCAAAAUGUAUUUCGGGGAUAAGAUUCCAAAUAUGGUUUUCGACCAGAAGUUGCUGGGGAACUUCCUUGCAACUGUGCCCAAAAUGUCCGAAAAGUAACUAUUUGAUCGAGCAACUGGAUCGUCAUACUGGCUAUAGAAGAGAAGACGUUCUCUGGGUUCUCGUUUUGCUUUUAUUCGCGAGCCCAAUAAUAGUUUCAUAGUUUGAAUGUUCUUUAGUUCUUUUGUUCUUUAUGCUGGAAUAUUUUCAAGGGUGGUUUUACAUUUACACUUUCACAUGAAAAGAAGAAAAUUGCUUAGGUAAAAAGUUAAGAAAAGCAGGAGGAAAAGAAAAUGAUAAGAUAGGGUAUUGUAUCUUUCUUUUCAUAUGUUUUGCACAUUCUCUCUUCUAUAUCCUCAAAUUUUGACACUAUGUAAAGUACAUGGAGUGGUUUGAAAAAGGGUGUCUUUUUUCUCCUUAUUUUAGCUGUUUGUAAAUGAAUAGUCUGUGAAAUACAAAAUUCCAACUUACCCUC